GUUGGUUUGAAACAGCUGUGACCAAGGCCUUCAGAAGGCGGGAGUUAUCGUUCUGCGAUGAAUUGGGUUUUGGUUUAUUUUUGCCUCUUACUCUGUUGGGUAGGCUUCGUGCAACCACACUUUUGUCCUAAGCAUUGUCUAAAUGGAUCAUGCUGUGAGGUUGGCGUUGGAGAUUUCAAAUGUUGUCCAUAUGCUAAUGGAGUAUGUUGCAUUGAUGGUAAGAGUUGCUGUCCUGAAAGUAGCAGAUGUGAUUCGGGAUCUGGUCAGUGCAUUUAUGCUGAUGGAAGUAUAAAGCCGCCCAAACAAAUAUAUGACCAAAUAAACAAGACAACACAGAAAGCAAAUGACCUGGUGCCUUGGCAACUGUCUACGAAAACUGUCAUUUGUCCUGAUCGCCUGUCUGUAUGUUCUGAAAAUACAACAUGUUGCCCAAUGGCCCAUGAAAAGUGGGGUUGCUGUCAACAUCCUAAUGCGAUUUGUUGUUCGGAUGGAAAGCAUUGUUGCCCUCAAGGAUUAGUGUGUGAUGUAACUCAGCAGAUUUGUAAGCCUUUAAACACUCAUCAAAUCUUGGAAGCGAAUAAUAAUAAUAACAAUAACAAUUUCUUUGAUAACCUAUACUUGACAAAGACGUCUAAACCUGCUCGCCCUAAUCCAAAUAUCAAUCAGCCAAAAGGUAUUGUGGGAAGAAAAGCAACUAACUCAUCUGCUAAAUUUUUAAUGUCUUAUACUGGUAUCUUAUGUCCAGAUCUACUGUUUGAAUGUCCAUCUGGUACAACUUGCUGUCCUAGUACAGAAGAAGGAUGGGCAUGUUGUCCAUUCCCUGAUGCUAACUGUUCUUCUAACAAUGGAUGUUUCAAAGCUGUUAUGCGUAAUUCUAGUGGACAGUUGUUGUACAAUGAUAAAGUUAAUAAUGAUCAUGAUAAUGGUGACUACUUGAACAGUGUUGAAUUCAUCUCCACUCUCAUGUCAACAGUGAGUGGUGAACAAUUAUGUCCAGAUAGAAAAUCUCGUUGUAGAGAUGAUCAAACUUGUUGUAAAUUGAAAGAAACAAAGGGUUGGGGUUGUUGUCCUAUUGAAAAUGCUGUAUGCUGUAGUGAUGGUGAACACUGUUGUCCAAAUGGUUAUACAUGUGAUUUGGCCUCUAAAAGAUGUGUACAACAACUCACUUCUCCAAAAGAUGAUAAUUCAAAGAAACCUCCAGCAUCUAUUUCAUCCUUGUCACAUUCAACAAAGAUAACCAAAGAUAUCAUAUGUCCUGGUGGUAAUAUCUCGUGUCCAUCAAACUCUACUUGUUGUCAAGUUGCUGAAGGUGGAUGGGGUUGUUGUCCAUUCCCUAGGGCGGUUUGCUGUUCUGAUCGUAUUCAUUGUUGUCCAGAGAAAACAAUUUGUGAUGUAGAAAAGGAGAUUUGUCUUAAUACAGCAGGUGAUAUUGUGACUGCAAUGGAACCGAAAUCUGUUCCCAAUAAUAAUAAUAAUGAGAAUACAUUACAUUCACUUAUUACUAUUUGUUCUGAUAAGAAAUCAGCUUGUAUAGGUGGAACAUGCUGUCCUGGUGUGGAUGAUCAAUCGUCACUUUGUUGUCCUCAUGAAAAUGCUGUUUGCUGUGGUGACGGUAAGCAUUGUUGUCCUGAAGGUACAGUUUGUGAUGCGACUGUUGGUGGAUGCAAACCUCAAGAAACACAACCUUCAAAGCCUUCAUCUCUUCCAUUAUUUAAGAAGAUUACCGCUUUAAGCGUUAACUCGAAAGGUGGACAUGAUGAUGUUGGUGAAAGUUCAGUGUCGAAUGUAUUUACUCAAUUAUGUCCUGGUGGUAAAUCAAUGUGUCCUGAUACAUCAACUUGCUGUAAAUUAAGUCAAGGCGAGUAUGCGUGCUGUCCAACUCGUAAUGCUACAUGUUGUAGUGAUGGUAUUCACUGUUGUCCAUUUGGCACAAAAUGUGAUUAUAAGACCUCAUCAUGUGUAAAAAUUGAAUCUGAUACUGUUACGUCAUCACAAUCAUCAUCAUCGCCAGCAGAUACAGUUGAUGAUAAGGAAUUACGUAAUCAGCACAGUCUCGUACCUGUUAAAAUGCAUGGACAACAUGUUUGUCCGGAUCAUCAAGCUGUGUGUCCAGAUGAUAAUACUUGUUGUCAAUUACUUGAUAAAUCCUGGGGUUGUUGUCCGCUGAAAGAUGGCAUCUGUUGUGCUGAUCGUUAUCAUUGUUGUCCAAAUGGUUCUAUUUGUGAUUUGGAGAAUAAACAGUGUAUUGUUCAACAAGGCGAUGAUGCAAAGCGAUCCACUGUCAAUUUGAUUUCAGAUGCCUAUGUUAUGCAUAAAUCUAUUGAACAGUCAUCCAGUGCUAUGUAUUCUCAACCAUUAUCACGAAAGACAGUUGGUGACGAUGAUACCAAUGCGAAAGAAGCUGUUUGGUGUGGAGCAUGUGGUGAUAGUUGGGCAUGCUGUGCAAAUCAUGCUACAAAUUCAUGGUAUUGUUGUCCAUAUAUGGGUGGUGUAUGCUGUGCUGAACAAAAUACCUGUUGCCCACGUGGUUCACGUUGUUUAGCCAAUGGAAAAUGUGAAAAGAUGUCAGGCGACAUUUUGUCGAGAACAUUUGCACCAAGAAUAAUACCGUCGAUUUCUGUGAAAGAUAUGACAAAAUCACACUUCCUGGCUUCUGACAGUGAAAAAGGACGUUUCAAUAUUGAAAUGGCUAGUGUUUCUAAACCUGCUGAAAGGAAUGUAUUUCUACUCUAUGAGAGAUAUCGAUCCCUGAAACAAGGAUUGCAUACCAUCUGUCCAGAUUAUAUGCAUUUCUGCGGUAAAUCUGAACAAUGUUGUCCUUCUAGGCGUUUCGGUUAUACUUGUUCACCAAAAGAGGCUAAAUGUUGUGGAUCCAGUGUGGAUACCUUCUGUGCAAAGUCAAAACAAUGUUCUGUAGAUGGAAAGUUCUGCCUUUAAAUAUUAUUACGUAAUAUUUCAUUGAUUUAAUAACAAUACAGUCCAUUUAUGUUUAUGUAUUACUAACAUCAAACAACUUUGAUUCAUUCAUUGAACUUCUCUCAUCAAUCUGAAACUGAAUUGUGAAAUAUUAACACAUGUGUGUGUGUUAAAACAUGUUGAACAACACAUUUUUUUAAAAAAAAUUUUAAUUUGCGUUUUAAUAAUGAUGAUGAUUGAUUUUUACGUUUUCUCACUUUUUUUUUUCUUUCUUCUCAUUCCAUUCAUGUUCAUUUCAGUUGUUUGUUUGUGUGGGUGUGUCUAUUUUCAUUACAAUCCCAUUAUAUUUUGCUA